UGUCAUACGUCCUGUCUUAUAUCAAGUCGCGUCGUAUGUCAAACGCGAUACCUCUUAUAAAAAAUAUAAAUAAAUAGCACAUACGUGUUUAUACUGUCAUCUGACAAUACGUAAACAAAUUUGGUAAACCAAUUCAAUCAGCUCAAGUCAUCGAUUUCAGUGUUGUGCUUCAAAAUUUAAUACAAAAAAAACAGCAAUAAUCUUUAGAGACAAUUGGAACAAACAAAGAAAAAAUUGAGGUUAUCAUUCGUAAAUGAUAAGACAACGACACAAAAGAUGAAAUCGUAUCGUUCAAUAAAAGUAUUUUAUUUUUGAUGAAUGCACUAUUCAAUAAGGGCAUUCCACUUUAUUCGAAUUACUUCCAUCGAUUGACAAUGACCGCUGUGUGUUUGAAAGACGAAAUUGUUCAAUUUAAAAAUUGUCGCUUAAUUCGUAAUCAUCAAAUCGUUGAUGAUUAUUUAUGGAUACAAAAUGGUAAAAUUAUCAAUCCAGAGCCGAUAUUUUUUGACCAAAAAAUUGGAUCACAUCGACAAAUUGACUGUAAUGGUGCAAUAAUCGCACCAGGGUUCAUUGACAUUCAAAUAAAUGGUGGUUUUGGUAUUGAUUUCACGAACAAUACAACAAACGUCGAAGCGGGCAUUGAAAAAGUGGCAAAAGGUCUCUUGGCUCACGGUGUUACAUCAUUUUGUCCGACACUAGUAACCUCAUUACCCAAAAUAUAUCAUGACAUACUUCCACGUUUUAAAAAAACAAAUGGCGGAGACAGUGGCGCAAAUAUUUUGGGCGUUCAUUUAGAGGGACCAUUUAUUGAUCGUAGCAAAAAAGGUGCUCAUGAGCUGGAAUGCAUUCGAGAUUUUGAUAAUGGAAUUUCGACGGUUCUUGAGACAUACGGAUCACUAGACAAUGUUGCCAUUAUAACAUUAGCUCCAGAAAAGCAAAAUGCUUUGGAAGUAAUUGAAGAGUUAACUGCCAGAAAUAUUACUGUAUCCGUUGGUCAUUCAACAGCCAAUUUGACAAACGGAGAAGCAGCUUUUAAGAAAGGUUCAAAGUUAAUUACACACUUGUUCAACGCAAUGCUACCGUUUCAUCAUCGUGAUCCAGGUUUGGUUGGAUUAUUGACAUCCGAUCAAUUGCCCAAAUCACAAACGGUUUACUAUGGAAUUAUUGCAGACGGUAUACAUACACAUCCAGCUGCCUUAAGAAUUGCAUAUCGUGCAAAUAGAGACGGUUUAAUCUUGGUGACCGAUGCUGUUUCACCGCUUGGACUAUCGGAUGGUGAACAUCGCAUAGGGCAAUUACGUGUUCGAAUUGAAAAAAAUAUGGCACGAAUCGCCGGAACUGAAACACUAUGCGGUAGUAUUGCCUCAAUGGACGAAUGUGUGCGAACUUUCAAAAAAUCAACAGGCUGUUCCACUAUAUUUGCAAUCGAAGCUGCCACAUUACAUCCUGCAAAAUGCUUGAAUAUUGAAAAUUCAAAGGGAACGUUAGAUUUUGGUGCUGAUGCUGACUUCAUAAUGCUAAAUGACGACUUGACCGUGCUAUCAACAUGGAUUGCCGGCAAACAAGUAUAUUCUAAGACACCUUAAUCCGACACAUUUUGUUUACAAUCGAUUCUAUGUACAAUUGUACAUUGUAUGCGAAAGAAAAUCAUGUUGAAUUCAUUUUGUAUGAAUUUUGAAUAAAUAUCCGUUUUAUUUCCAUUUUUAUAAAGAAAGAAAAAUCUGUUGAAUUACAUCAUUGAAUCAAUUUGCUUAUACAAAUAAAAUAAAACGUAAUUAUGAAUGAAAUAAA